GGCCCCAUAAAUCGCCCCCGUGCAUCGCCGCUCCACUUUAAAGUUGGUCCCGGCCGCAGAGCCAAGCCUUCCACUCGGCCAGCGAGAGAGCGUUAAAAAAACCCAAAAAAAAGCGAAAGGGAAGCACCAAAGCGGCCUCGUCUCUUCUUCUUGGCCAGCAUCUCCUCCUCUCUCUUUCUCUCUCUUUAUCUCUCUGUCUCUCUCUAUAUCUCUCCAAAUGGCCGCUGUGGGAGCCGGGAAGAAGCUAGGGUUAGGGUUCCGCCGCGCCGCUGUGGCCGUUCCGGCGGAGGGGGCGAGGGUCUGAGCCUGUGAUGCUGGAGGGAGGCGGCGCUUCUACUCUCCAGCCGCCGAGGUGCCGGAACAGGGGGGGUUCUGUGGGGGUAAAAGUUGGUUUUUGCUAGGUUUUUUCGGGGGGAAAUGGCGAUGGUGGUGGCGGGGCAGGGAGGGGGGAAGGAGGCAGGGAAGCCACAGCAGGGGGGGUUGGACGCGGGGAAGUACGUGAGGUACACCCCGGAGCAGGUGGAGGCCCUCGAGAGGGUCUACACCGAGUGCCCCAAGCCCAGCUCCAUGCGGCGGCAGCAGCUCAUCCGCGAGUGCCCGAUUCUCGCCAACAUCGAGCCCAAGCAGAUCAAAGUCUGGUUCCAGAACCGCAGAUGCCGGGAGAAACAAAGAAAGGAAGCAUCUCGUCUCCAGACAGUUAACAGAAAGCUGACUGCCAUGAACAAGCUGUUGAUGGAGGAAAAUGACCGGCUGCAGAAGCAGGUGUCCCAACUUGUUUAUGAGAAUGGAUAUAUGCGCCAGCAACUACAUCAUGCAUCUGUAGCAACUACUGACACAAGCUGUGAAUCUGUAGUGACGAGUGGUCAGCACCACCAUCAGCAAAACCCAACACCUCAGCAUCCUCAAAGGGAUGCUAACAACCCAGCUGGUCUACUCGCAAUUGCUGAGGAGACCUUGGCAGAGUUCCUUUCAAAAGCCACUGGAACUGCUGUCGAUUGGGUUCAGAUGGUUGGGAUGAAGCCUGGUCCGGAUUCUAUUGGAAUCAUUGCUGUUUCCCACAAUUGCAGUGGGGUAGCAGCACGAGCCUGUGGUCUUGUGAGUCUAGAACCCACAAAGGUCGCAGAGAUCCUCAAAGAUCGUCCAUCUUGGUAUCGUGACUGCCGCUGCCUUGAUGUGUUGACUGUAAUUCCUACUGGAAAUGGAGGGAAUAUUGAGCUUAUAUACAUGCAGACAUAUGCACCUACUACUUUGGCAUCGGCGCGCGACUUCUGGACGCUCAGAUACACCACUGGUCUUGAAGAUGGCAGUCUUGUGAUCUGUGAGAGAUCAUUGACUCCUUCCACUGGUGGUCCUGCUGGGCCACCUGCUUCGAAUUUUGUUAGAGCUGAGAUGCUUCCCAGUGGUUAUCUAAUUCGACCAUGUGAGGGUGGUGGUUCAAUGAUUCACAUUGUCGAUCAUGUUGAUUUGGAUGCUUGGAGCGUGCCUGAGGUGCUGAGGCCCCUGUACGAGUCACCAAAAAUUCUAGCACAGAAAAUGACCAUUGCUGCAUUGCGUCAUAUACGGCAAAUUGCACAAGAAACAAGUGGUGAAAUUUCUUAUGGUGGGGGACGUCAACCUGCUGUAUUGAGGACUUUUAGCCAGAGAUUGAGCAGAGGUUUCAAUGAUGCUGUAAAUGGGUUCGCAGAUGAUGGCUGGUCAUUAAUGGGUAGUGAUGGGGUUGAGGAUGUAACUAUCGCCAUAAAUUCGUCGCCAGACAAGCUUCUUGGGUCUCAUGUUAACUCUUCAACAAUGUUUUCUGCCAUGGGCUGUGGCAUCUUAUGUGCAAAGGCAUCCAUGUUGCUGCAGAAUGUGCCACCUGCUUUACUCGUUCGUUUUCUGCGGGAGCACCGUUCUGAGUGGGCUGACUGUGGUGUUGAUGCUUAUUCUGCUGCAUCUUUGAGGGCUAGCCCAUAUGCUGUUCCUGGUGUGAGGGCUAGUAGCGGUUUUCUGGGUGGUCAAGUUAUAUUACCUCUUGCUCAUACUAUUGAACACGAAGAGUUUUUGGAGGUGAUUAGGCUUGAGGGUCAUGGGUUCAACCAAGAUGAAGUAGUUUUGUCAAGAGACAUGUAUUUGCUGCAGCUUUGUAGUGGAGUUGAUGAAAAUGCAGUCGGUGCCUGUGCACAGCUUGUAUUUGCACCUAUAGAUGAAUCUUUUGCUGAUGAUGCUCCCUUGUUGCCCUCAGGAUUCCGUGUCAUACCGCUGGAUCCUAAGACAGAUGCACCCAGUGUCAAUCGAACCCUUGACCUGGCUUCCACGCUUGAAGUUGGAUCUGGUGCUGCAGCCCGCUCUUCUGGCGAAAAUUCUUCAAACACUUAUAACCUGAGAUCUGUCCUGACAAUUGCAUUCCAAUUCACAUAUGAGAAUCAUCUCCGAGAAAGUGUGGCAGCAAUGGCACGGCAAUAUGUCAGAAGCGUGGUGGCCUCAGUUCAGAGAGUUGCAAUGGCAAUUGCACCUUCGAGGCUUGGCUCACAGAUUGGGAUGAAGCAUCAUCCUGGUUCUCCUGAAGCGCACACUCUAGCUCGAUGGAUUUCCCGGAGCUACAGGUUUCAUAUUGGAGUAGAUCUCCUUCGGGCUGACUCCCAGGCAGGCAGUGACGCCUUGCUGAAACUCCUGUGGCACCAUUCGGAUGCAAUUUUAUGCUGUUCGUUGAAGUCGUCCCCAGUGUUUACCUUCGCAAAUCAGGCUGGUCUUGACAUGCUGGAAACCACUUUUAUAGCUUUGCAAGAUAUUACGCUGGAGAAGAUCCUCGAUGAUAGUGGUCGGAAGGUGCUUUGCUCGGAGUUUACCAAGAUAAUGCAACAGGGUUUUGCUUAUCUCCCUGCUGGCAUCUGUUUAUCAAGCAUGGGUAGGCCUGUCUCCUACGAACAGGCUGUGGCAUGGAAAGUACUGAAUGAAGAGGAUUCACACCAUUGCUUGGCCUUCAUGUUCGUGAACUGGUCUUUUGUUUGAGUCACCUGUGGCUUUUGCAGCCCCUGUAUGUUGUACCUGGAUGAACUCUAGCAUCCUUAGAUAUAUGUUAUGCUUCUGGAGUCAUCGGACCGCUUCUCUUGGUACCUGCUAUCUAUAUAUUAUGGGAACAUCAGACCAGUGUUAAUCUAAGUUAAGAUGGUACUUUGUGGUGUUUAAUGCCUCCUGUUUUUCUAUAAAUUCAUGUUGUAUUGAUGCA